AUGCCCACCACGCGAUCCGGAAAAUCCAGCACAGCAGCACAACCCGCACCCACCAAGAAACGAAAACCAACAACCACAGCAUCACCCCCCCAAAAGAAGACCAAACCAGACAAAAAGCCCAAAAACACAGCCAACACCACCAAGAAACGUGCCCCAAAAGAAACCUCAAAACCGGCCGAGACUCAAUCCCGCGUCCUAGAGAAAGGACUGCUGUACUACUUCAUCCGCGGCAAAGUAGGCAUAGACACCCCCAAAUCAAUCGACGACAUCGCAAGGGGAUACCUCAUCCUGCGCCCCUUACCAACGGACGCAAAACUCCACGGCACACGUCCACCGUCAGCUACAUCCCGACUCGUAGCGCUGCCGAAGAAGACGCUCCCCGCUGGACCCAAGGACCGAUUCAUGGCGUUUGUCGAGAAAUCAGACACAUCCUACGACAAGCUGAGGGAAGAGUUCCUCAAGGGCGAGGACUACGAGACGAAAACGGCGGGUCAUCACCACUCUCCUGAUGCGACGCCCGUAGGCGAGGGCGUGUACGUGAUUACCACGACAGGCAGGGAGAGCCACCUCUCGUACAUGGCUACUCUGCCGAGUAAGUUGGGCGAAUUACAGGAUGCGUUGAGGUUUCACGACAAGGGGAGCUUUAUUUUGAGUAGCAAGAAUCCGAGCUACAAGGGCCCGGCGUUUGCGCGGUUGCCCAAGGGACCGGACUACCCGCGAAAGGUUCUUGAAAAGUUUAGGGAUUUGCGGUGGGUAGGGACGCAGCCUGAGUUCUUGGACUAUCCUCGCGCGCAGAUUUUGCUGAUUGGGCAUAAGGAUGGGCUGGGGGAGCGGGGCGAUAUGGUUGAUGAGUUGAGUAAGCUGGAGGAGGAGGAUCUUGAGAGGAUGAAGGGAUUGUCGGGGGAUGAGGCGGAUGCUAUUUAUGCGGAUUUGCAUAGUAGGAAGAUGGAGCAUCCGGGGAUUCAAAAGGAUUUGGGGUAG